CUGGGGGCAGUGUUGUCGUCUACUCAGCACUGCUGAACGUCCGCAGCGCCGGAGAAGAAUCAGUUCCGUUGCUCAACGUGAAACCAUGGCGGCUGCAUUGAGGGGAAGCCUGGUAACAUUGGUCAAGAGCCUGAGUGGCCCCCAGUGGCAACAGCUGGCCUCUCGACCUCUGAGUUUAUCAGCUGGUCUCUGUGGUCCAGAAGCCCCGCCUGCCCGUGCAGAUGCUACCUUCAAGGUUACUAUGGUGCCGGGGGACGGAGUGGGACCCGAGCUGAUGACUGCUGUCAAGGAUGUCUUCAGGGCAGGAGAUGUCCCUGUAGAGUUCGAGGAGUUCCACUUGAGCGAGGUGCAGAACAUGGCCAGUGAGGAGAAACUGGACCAAGUGUUGACUUCUAUGAAGACCAACAAAGUGGCCAUGAAAGGAAAGAUUCACACACCCAUGGAGUUCAAAGGGGAACUGGCUUCAUAUGAGAUGAGACUGAGGCGUAAACUGGACCUGUUUGCUAACGUGGUUCAUGUGAACAGCCUGCCGGGCUACAGCACUCGCCACAACAAUCUGGACCUGGUCAUCAUCCGUGAACAGACUGAGGGGGAGUACAGCUCACUGGAGCAUGAGAGUGUGCCGGGUGUGAUCGAAUGCUUGAAGAUCAUCACCAGAGUGAAGUCCCGCCGCAUCGCCAAGUUCGCCUUUGAUUACGCCACCAAGAAGGGCCGAAGCAAGGUCACUGCUGUUCACAAAGCCAACAUCAUGAAAUUAGGCGAUGGCCUGUUUCUGCAGUGCUGUGCGGAGGUGGCAGAGCUGUACCCCAAAAUCAAAUAUGAGACCAUAAUCAUUGAUAACGCUUGCAUGCAGUUGGUCCAGAACCCAUACCAGUUUGAUGUGUUGGUGAUGCCCAACCUGUACGGUAACAUCAUCGAUAACCUGGCGGCAGGGCUGGUUGGAGGAGCAGGAGUCGUUCCUGGGGAGAGCUACAGUGCAGAGUAUGCUGUGUUUGAGACUGGUGCACGCCACCCCUUUGCACAAGCUGUAGGAAGGAAUAUCGCCAACCCCACAGCCAUGCUGCUCAGCUCUGCUAACAUGCUCAGGCACCUCAACCUGGAAUAUCACUCCCAAAUGGUGUCAGAUGCUGUCAAGAAGGUCAUCAAACAGGGCAAGGUACGGACACGAGACCUUGGCGGGUAUUCUACCGCUAGCGACAUAGUGCGUGCUGUUGUGGAAAACCUGCGUCACCGACCGGUUUACUAAGAUGUUUCGUCUCGUUCCUCGCCGACUUUUCCUUAAAUCUGGACAUUAUCUCAACAUGACCUGAAAUCAUGAUAAGACUCACCUCCCCCCUCACUGCCCAAUAACUAUCCUGUCAAACACCAUCAGUUUGAUCCUUAUGUGUAUGUUUGUAUUGGGUUUCCUGAUAGAACCAGUCUAAUCACAUGACCUCUUGUUGUACUUUAUUAAACUUCGUCUGAAGGAUUUUUGUCAAACAGCCUAAUCCUCUGUCCCUUUCCAUGAACACCCCUCAUUUCUCAAAGUUAGUGUCCCUCAUGCUGCAACUUUUUGCUUUUUAGAUAUUUUCUUGGCUGAGGAGGAGCUUUGUAUCCACCUACCUAUAUGUGCUUUAUCAGCCAUAUUGGCCAGAUACACUACCUCUCUGCUGUCUCACAUUAAACAUGAACUGUUGAAAAACACACCGUCUUGGUCAACAGUCUAUACAUUAUAUCGAUGAUCCAGUCCGCUCUCACAAUUCACCAACAAAUGACUUAACAUUUUAACUUUGAUUUCCUCUUUACUAUGAACUGAAUGAUCUAAAGUCUGAAUAUUACUGUAAUAAAAUAGUUUGACCCUGAUAUGUCUUGACCUACUAACACUAUACCAUUUUUGACCUACAGAUUUGGCUAAAUGCUUGUUUUUUGCUCUGACUAAUAAAACAGGAAGUAUGUUAACAUUUUAACAUGAAAAAAUAACAAGCCAACAUUGAGAAAACUAGAAAUAUUUAAACUCAUCAUAUACAGAGCUUUCAAGUAUUGCUCCAGUUAAUGAGAAGUGUUAUAAGAAUUACAGUUAUAUAGCCACAGCAAAUCUUAUUAGGGGACACAUUUGGUCAAAGUCUCCAUGAAACUACACAGGCUGAAUCAUGAACUGGUAUUGUUUCUGAAAACGAAUAUAAACAGGUUCGGUCCUGAUACGGUGCGGCUCACUCCCACAGAUGCUGUAAGACAUUAGAACAUUGCUCUAUCAUCAUGACGUCUGUCAAUGCUUUUUGUAUUAGUGAGCAGCAAAUGAUAAGUUAUCCGUUGUUAACCACAAAUACAAAAAAAUAAAGAUACAUGCUAGUA